GGACAAUGCGUGCAGAGAGAGCAGAAGCGUGAAACGAAGGAAGAGAACGCAAUCGAGCAAUUGCAUUGCGAACAUUGGCCUCAUGCGCUGGACUGAGUCAGCGAGCGCCCAUGGUCGAUUGAUUGGAAACGCGACGCUGAGAGAACUGUAGGCCGGGCUCGUGAUCAUGGCGGAGGUGAGUUCUUCCGACCAGGACGAGCGCCUCGGAAGAAGCCGCAUUCGUGACGAUAAGGAGCAUCGGAGGAGUAAAAAGAGGCGAAGAAAGCACAGCUCGGCAUCCCCGUCUGAUUCGUCAUCUUCCGACUCGGGUUCUUCUUCCUCCGAUGAGAGCAGUGAUGAGGAGCGUCGUAGAAGAGAUAGAAAGAGAAGGAAGGAAAAGAAGAAGAAGACUCAUGAUAAAUCCGACAAAGAGAAGUCCAGGGAAGAGAGGCACAAGGACAAGAAGAAGAGAAAGAAGAAGCGUCACAGAAGCGACGACAGUGACGACAGCUAUGACAGUGACGCAGAAAAAAAGCGUAGAUUGUUGAAGGAAGCGAAGAAGCUAUUAAGGAAACACAAGUUGGAACAAAAGUCUAAUGGAGACAAUGGAUCUAUGGAGGCAAAAUCUUCAAGUGGAAAGGUAGUGAAGGUACCAGACGAGGACAAAAUUUCAGAGGACCACUACUUUGUGAAAAGCAAUGAGUUUGCAACAUGGUUGAGGGAGGAACAGCGAAUCUUUUUCUCCGAUCUUUCAUCAGAGGAGACACAUAAGCGUUUUCUCAAAUUUGUGGAUGUCUGGAAUGCGGGCAAGUUGAGCCACAAGUAUUACGAGGGCAUCAAACAAGCUCCACGUACGAACCACAACUGGGCAAUAAAGAGAGGUCCGGAGGAUUCAGUUAACUUAGACGAGGAGGAACAGUAUGCUGUAGCGAAGAAGAAAGAUAGGCUGGAUAGGAAGAAGUUUCAAAAGGACCAUGAAGCCCUUUUGGAUGAUAUUCUACCAAAGGCCACAGGUCGAGAAAGACAAAUGGAGAUGAAGGCAAUUAGACGUGAACAAGCCCGUGCCCGUGAGGACAGUCCUGAACUGAUGAAAGAAAAAGAUGUAAUGGGAGGUGGUGAAGAUUUUCAAUCAAGGUUGGCCAGAGAAAAGGCUAGGAGGGAGAAGAGACAAUAUGAAAAGGCUGCAGUCUACAGUGAAAAGCGAUCCGCUUUUGAGGAAAAGGAAGCUGCAGCCAUGGAUCAGCUGCGAGCAUUGGUCAAUGUCGCAGGAGGCAAGAUAACAAUUGCUAAGCGAGAGAGCAACCAUUGAGUAGCAGCGUGGUUUUUUGUGUAGAUACGUGUUGGUGGAAUAUUAGAACAAAUGGAAAUCAUUUGAUUCAGGUCUUGCAUCAAAGCUGGUGAACCUGGAAAGGCUGCUAUUUUGCUUUCAAGUCAAGUAAAUGAAAAGAGUUGAGCCCUUGCUACAAGCAAGAGCUUCUCUAAGCUCCCGUGUAUACAGAAGAUGAGUCCUGUUGCAGACAUCAAGUUAUACAGGAAAGCUGCAGCCUGAGACCACGGUUACAUGUCUUUAGUACCCACGAUCACAGGGUAGUACAUUUUCACCUAAAUUUCCUCCGUUCUAUAAUAUACGAAAGUUCUACCCUGACUCGCGGAGUCAAUAUCUAGAUUUCAUGUCUUCACCGAUAGAAGAUUAAGAGCAGAUGAUGCGCCCCCUUCCUUGAAAUUUAUCAUUGAUCAGCAACUCAUCUACUUCAGUGGAACUGGGCACGAAAAUUUUGCAAGUUGAACAUCGUUCAUCUGGGACCUUGAAACAAAGCUUUUAUACAUAGCCAAGUAGCUUUUAUGAGCUCCGUCUCUGGAUUGUUUACUCUGUAAUCAGACCUGGAAUCCAGGUUUUCAUUCGGCAGCGAGACUUUCUUAUUCAACCGGAGGGAUGUACGCACCGAUGCGUUGGUAGAAGAUUUGUACGCGUGAGCAAGCAACAGGAACGUCAAUCUCCUGGGUUGAAGUUCCGGAGUUCUAAAUGUGACUUCCUCUGACUGUCAUAUUCAUGGUUCUGUAGAUUUUUCCAAUUCAAGCUCUUAGCUGUGCAUGAAGGAGUGCUGCGUUGGUUUGAAUUUGUCGUUGGAAUUGCACCUUCAGGAGAUCUUUGAGCAUGACGCUACAUUGUCUGUGAUAGGGCGCUCCACUCCUCAUCUUUAUCUCAUAACUCGAAUCCUGCCGAGUAUUCAUCAGUGUUUUGAGUUGUAAUCAAUUCUAUAUAGUCCUCUGUGAUUAUGCUUCAGAUACUUCAACACAAGUACAGUGAAGACCCCUGUGGCCAGGAUGUCAAGCGAGGUAUGUCAUUGAGGAAUGUAUGUGAGCACCAUGCCACUAAUGGAUUGAUUCUUGACUAUCAUACAGUUCAACUCUCGCCGCAUAUACUCGUGUAGUUCAUAUCACAUUUAAUUUAUCAAUACAUUUUGUUGCCUACAUAACGUCAGUUUCUUGGCAUAUUUCUAUGGUCCUAACACAGCUAGAUAUCACUCUUGGUAAUCGACGUUUCUAAAGGUGAACGUCUAGUAUCUAGACAGCCUGUAGUUUUGACGGUCAAAAUGCUGGCUGAUGUCUUAGCAAGCAAUGCUUGGAGAGAGGCGUUCAUGCCGCUGACCUCUUUUCCUUGAUGUAACCACAAACUAUAGUGAGACCUGUGAUUCAGGAAGAAACAGUACGGAGGACUUAUCAAGAGCUUGUGAAUUUUAAAGCCUUCGCAUGGGCACCUGGUGAUCGUUGUUAUAUUCUGC